AUGGGUAGUUGUCAAAACAUGCAUGAGCUAAUAUCUUAUGUGUACUCUCUAUUGAGAAUGGAUGAACCAAUGUCACCCAAAUCCGGGAGGACCAUUUUAUCUCCACGCAAUGAAGACAUCCAUAAGAUUAACAUGAACGCAUUAGAAAGUUAUCAUGGGGAGGCUUACACGUAUUUUACUGCUGACAAAAUGAUUCGGGAUGAUCAUGGAAGGGAUUCGACUUUUACUACUAAAUUUCUAAACAAUUUGAGUCCACCAGGAUCACCUCCAUUUAAGCUAGACCUUAAAGUUGGAUGUCUGAUUAUGUGGCUGGGAUAUCUGGCACCGAAAGAAGGCCAUUGUAAUGGUACAAUACUGGUGGUAACGAGGUGCAGACGAAACGUGAUUGAAGCUAAAAUCAUAACUGGGAAAAAAGAUGGUGAGGAAGUAUUCAUCCCCAAAAUAACUUUUCAACCUUCAGCUUCAGAGCUAAACAUACAAUUGGAAAGACGUCAAUUUCCCAUAAGCGUUGCAUAUGCGAUGACUAUUAAUAAAUCACAGGGACAAUCGAUGAAUUAUAUGGGCACUGAUUUACGUACUCCGGUAUUUAGCCAUGGUUAG